UAUCGCACGUGACGCCGACAUUGUACGAAACGGUCGGUGACCAAAAUCGAAGAAGGCGGCUGCUGGAGGCUCGUCUCUGGACACGUGGAAGCCCCGCGUCCCACAGAAACAGUUAAAACGCCCGCUGGCCCGCCGCCGGUUGGCAGCGUAGCGUCCCGCCGGCCUCUCCCUUCACUCCUCUACGCGUUCCCCGGCGGCUUCAGCUUUUUUUCCACUUCGACGGAGUAUCCUCCCAUGGCGGCUUCCGUCGGUGCGGCGCUCCCGUGCGGCCCUCUCCAACACCACGGCCGAACCGCCGACCGCGCCCCCGCUCUUCCGAUCCCUCGGCAGCCGGAGAAUCGCUCUCUCCAAGCCGGUCGCAGUCUCCAGAGCUCGAGGAAACAUCUCGGGCUGUCGCGGCGGAGGAGCCGCGUCGCCGCCUCCGCCGGUGUGGGAGCGUCGGCGGUCGGUGAAGACACGGGAGAUUCACUGGAUGACGUGCGGGUGUUUGAUUUGAGUGGUAACGCCGUUCCCAUCUCUGAUCUGUGGAAAGAUAGGAAGGCCGUGAUCGCGUUCGCUCGCCAUUUCGGGUGCGUGCUCUGCAGGAAACGCGCUGAUUAUCUGGCCGCUAAGAAGGAUAUAAUGGAUGCAUCUGGUGUGGCACUUGUGCUGAUUGGACCAGGGAAAGUUGAUCAGCUUUUGAAUUCCUUCUGCAAAUCUGUUUCUUAUGCUAUCUGUUUGGGCAAUGAUGCGGCUAAAAGUCCGGGGCUUAUUGUGCUCCUGCUGCAACUUACUUUCAAUGAUGACUCUGUGUUUCCUUAUGCUACAUUGGUUGACAAUCGGCUUAAUAUGCUGCAGGCAAAAGCUUUCUCUGAGCAAACAAAAUUUCAAGGAGAAGUGUAUGCGGACCCUAGUCAUUCAGCAUACGAAGCAUUAAGAUUUGUCUCUGGGUUUACGACAACAUUUACUCCUGGGGCUGGUCUCAAGAUCAUCCAGUCAUACAUGGAAGGUUAUCGACAAGACUGGAAACUUUCUUCCGAAAAGGAAACUGUGUCUAGAGGAGGCUGGCAACAAGGUGGAAUAAUUGUUGCAGGUCCUGGAAAAAACAACAUCUCUUAUAUCCACAAGGAUAAAGAGGCAGGGGACGACCCACCCAUCGAAGAAAUCAUGAGAGCGUGUUGCUCCUAAACAGAAAGGUGUAUUCUUGCUAUCAAUAAUGUCUCUGCUGUUUGACCAAAAAAAAAUGUCUCUGCUGACCUUGAGGCAAUAUCAAUGAGCUUCAAGCUUCCAGAAAUAGUAGUUCUCAGCCUUCAAAAUCGAACAGCAGCAUGCGGGUAUAUUUUAGUAUCUGUCAACAUGAAUCCAAGCAUUCUCUCAUGGAGGGAUAUUUCGCAUAUAUCCAAAUUGCUAGGAUUUGCUUUCUUUCUGUCUACUGUACAAAUGCCAACAUAUUCUACACCUUGGAGAAAAUAAAAGGAGAAUUAUAACCA